GGAUAUAUUCAACAAUUUCAUUUUGUUUUCUUGUUUACAUAUGAGCUUUAGCUUGUUGCUGGAAGUUGCAGAAACAACAAAAGUAACAAUACUCUGCCAUGGGAAGAAGACCUGCUAGGUGUUAUCGUCAAAUAAAGGGAAAGCCCUAUCCAAAAUCGCGGUAUUGGCACACCAAGCCCUAUCCAAAAUCGCGGUAUUGUCGUGGUGUGCCUGAUCCUAAGAUCAGGAUUUACGACGUUGGUACGAAGAAAAAGGGGGUCGAUGAGUUUCCGUGUUGUGUUCAUUUGGUUAGUUGGGAGAAAGAAAAUGUGUCUAGUGAGGCAUUGGAAGCUGCGCGUAUAGCGUGCAAUAAGUACAUGUCAAAGAAUGCAGGAAAGGAUGCUUUUCACCUUAGGGUCAGAGCUCAUCCUCGACAAGGUGAAUUGCUCUGAUGGUAAGCACUCUCCACUUCCAACCAAGAGGUUGUGAGUUCGGGUCAUCCCAAGAGCAAGGUGGGGAGUUCUUGGAGGGAAGGAUGACGAGGGUCGUCAUUUGGAAACAGCCUCUCUACCCCAGGGUAAGGGUAAGGUUUGCGUACACACUACUAUAUGAGGGGAGCAUUUGGAAAGCCUCUUGGGACUUGUGCGCGCAUUUCUAUUGGCCAGGUUCUGCUUUCUGUUAGGUGCAGGGAUUCAAACAGUCAUCACGCUCAAGAAGCUUUGCGUCGUGCAAAGUUCAAGUUUCUUGGUCGUCAGAAAAUUAUUGUUAGCAGUAAAUGGUAUUGCUUUAUAUGUUUCUGAUCUUUCUUAUAUUGUUGCCUAUGGUUGUCUAAUUGAACAUGCUCUCAAAGUCUCACUUAUAUGUUUCAUAAACAAUUGUUAGCUUUUUGGUAGUUUUGCUUAUUCGAUUGGCUGCUUUUUAGUAUCGAUUUCAUACUAUCUAUAUAUAUGAUUUUUAACUCCGUUUAGGCUGUGUUCCUUAUGAUGUACUCGUGGAUAGUGGCGGAUGCAGGAUUUUCGCUAAGGGGUUAAAGAAAUCUUAUAAAAAAGAUUGUAGCUAGUUGGAAUUGAACCAAUGACCUUGCAAAGGUUUUGAACUGUGUCAAGGGGAUUCAAAACAUAAUAUAUAGAGGUAAAAAAUAGAUUUUGCCUUAUAUAUACGGUCUAAGUUUUUGGCUUCCCUGCUCGUGGAACAACUAUAGUUACUCGUAGAAUAGCUAUUGGCAUUCAAUAUCUAAUCAUGGCUUUCGCAGGUAAUUAUCUUAGUAGCUAUAUUUCAUGCUUUUCUUAGUCUUCUCACUUCUGCCACAAUUGCAACAGCAUCGUCUGUGUAAAGUAUCAAUUUUUUCCAAUUUGAAGCUUUGCAUUAAGGACUCCGCGAAGACACAGAAUUAUGAAAAAUCUAGGCACUCUUCGCCUUUUUAGUAUGUAUUCUUAUUGAUAUGGUGCUUAUAUUAACACACAUUCUCUUGGAUUUCAUGGGGUUCACACCUUUCAAACGUACCGAUUACCUGAAAUGGAAAGCCGAGAACAGGAUCGUGCCGGAUGGUGUCAAUGCUAAGGUUCGACGUUCAGUUCUCUUGUUCCUAUACAGAACUUUAAACCAGCAUCUCAAGUUAGAUUUUCUAAAGACUUAAUUAACAUGAAAUAAUUAUAUCGUUAAGGCAGAAUUAUUAUGUACAUCUACGACUAGCUAGCUAUGUUAUCAUCAUAUUCUAUCUGGUAUUUUAACAUGGGGCUGUUUGAAACUUAUCAUGAUUCAUGUGAUAUGUUGAGACGAGGGGUACUAUGUAUAUCAUGUCUUAUGUAGUAGCUAGGUAGUUUACUUCUGUAGAAACUAUAGCAUGUUAAAAUAGAGUAGUUUAAGGAGGGUUUCUGCAGCUUAGGGGCGUUUCUUAGAGGGAUAUUGUGGUGGUUUCUGUAUAUUCGUGUUAAUUAUACAGCAGCUAUUAGUAGUGUAAUAUCUCGAGUUAUAAUAUAUGGAAGCAUGAGUUAUGGCUA